AUGCCACGUUCAGCUGUGUGUCUCAGUAGACGUUCUAUCGUUCAAUCUCUUUCUCAUCCUCUUGGCACGCUUUCGGAUUGGAUCGCUAUUUUUGGGAUAUCAUCGAUUGUUUCUUCCGAUCGACGAAACGAUUUCAAAUUACGCGGAAACCAGAGAGAUCGUGAUAGGGAAAGGGCUCAAGCAAGGGCUGGGGGUAAACCUAAAAAUCCCAAAACAGAUGGAUUAACUCCUGAACAAAGACGAGAAAGGGAUGCAAAGGCACUUCAAGAAAAACUGGCAAAAAAAGCUUGUAAAGAUUCAUCAGGAGCUAUUAACGGGUCAAAUGGCAUUAAAACUAAGAAAUAGAUGUUGAUUAUGUGUGUAAAUGGUAUAUAUAUUGUGGGAUGAGAGAUAGAUGACAUUUAAUGGGUUUAUUUAGAUUGUUGUUUUAUGACAUUUGUUGUUCGGAAUGUGUAACGUGUUAAGUAUUGGUGAUAAUUUUAUUAUGUCUACAAUUACAUAGACUUGGAUCUAGAUUUAUAUUCUUGACAUUUGGGUUGAGUUUUUUUUAUACGAGUAAGUUUGAUGGAACAUAAUCUAGAACACAACAUAGUUAAUAGAAUGUAAGAAUCGAUAUUUGCCUGAAGAAUAUCUUUUGGUACAUUUAAUAUUGGUUAGAGGGGUGGUAGACAAUGCGACCCUUUAGCCUUUUUUUUUCUUUUUAUCUUUAGUCAUGGAAGGUCUUAGUAUUAUUAUGAAGGGGGCUUGUAAUCCAAAAUGGAUUAAAGUUAUUAGAGUGUAAUGUAUUGAUG